GGAGAGGAUUUUUAUCAAUACCGACCAUAAGCAGAGAGACGUCGCUUUAAUAAAGCUCUAACACACCUGUAAGAGAAAACAUAACCGGACCUACAACUGACCGACGCUCAUCGGUUAACAGUGUAGAGGACUCGGUGUGCAGAGGAUCUGUGUGCCAUGGUUCAGAACGGUCUGAUGAGCAAUGCCGAGGACGUGGCGGAUCAGUUCCUGCGGGUGACAAAGCACUACCUUCCCCAUGUAGCACGUCUCUGUCUUAUCAGCACCUUCCUGGAAGAUGGUGUCAGGAUGUGGUUCCAAUGGGGCGAGCAGAGAGAGUACAUUGAGAGCACGUGGGGAUGUGGCUUCUUUCUUGCCUCACUUUUUGUGUUAAUAAACUUACUGGGUCAGCUAGGUUGUUGUGUACUUAUUCUCAGUAGAAAUUUUGUACAGUAUGCCUGCUUUGGAUUAUUUGGAGUGAUUGCACUACAGACUAUUGCUUACAGCAUCUUGUGGGUCCCCAAGUUUUUAAUGAGGAAUCUGGCACUGGGUGGUGGGCUGUUGUUGCUUCUGGCUGAGUUGCGUUCGGAGGGCAGAAGCAUGUUUGCAGGUGUGCCUACAGUACGAGAGAACUCCCCUAAGGAGUACAUGCAGCUGGGGGGCAGAGUGCUGCUGGUGCUCAUGUUUAUGACCCUGUACCACUUUGAUGGCAACGUCCUCUCCAUGUUGCAAAACUUGGUGGGCACUGGUCUGAUGGUUCUGGUUGCUAUUGGCUUUAAGACUAAACUGGCUGCCCUCACUCUUGUGGUCUGGCUGUUUGUCACUAAUGUCUAUGUCAAUGCAUUCUGGACUGUUCCGGCCUACAGGCCAAUGCAUGACUUCCUUAAGUACGACUUCUUCCAGACCAUGUCUGUGAUCGGAGGCUUGUUGCUUGUGGUGGCUCGAGGUCCUGGUGGAGUCUCUAUGGAUGAGAAGAAAAAAGAGUGGUGAGACUCUGCAACUCUCAAAUGGCUCGCUUAACUCACUUACUGUAAUGUGUGCUGUGCAGUUGUUCUCUGCAUUAAUGCUAGAACAAAGUGCACUAUGUAUGGAGUAGGGAGCAGUUUGAGACAUGGCAUGUAGUAAAGUUACCCAGAAACCAACAAUGUGUCCCACCCUAUACUCUGGUCUCACAAUGUCCUUUAUGUCAAUUUCUACAGGCACUUUUAGUAAUCUGUGUAUUCUUUUGUCAUAUUUAUUAUUAACAGUUCUAGCCAGAACAUUUUAUUCAUGCCUCCUGUCACCACUCUGUUAGGACUCAGUGUGUAUAAUACCUGAUCUUAUUACAGGUGUAUUACAGAAGAGAAAUAAGGGGUAAAUAUGUGGUUAGACCAAGUUUGUGUAUUUUCUAAAACAUUAAGAAAUUGUGAUUGAUCACCCUUAAAGUUAUUUUUUACAUCACACUUUUGUAGACAUGUUGACUCCUAAUGUCAGUGUAUGGAAUUGUUAAUUGUGUGUAUACUGUCUAUUGUCAGGUCACUAUAAAGUUUACAGUUGCUUAUAGUAUUUUUCAACACGGAACAGGCAUUUUAAAUAAAUUAAACCCUGUGAUUUUUUUCAUGCAGUGUUUUUGCCUUUGUACAAAAUAUGAGCAGACGAAAUUGUUUUUAAGUGUCUUUAAUAUAUGUUUUGAUAAAGGAAGAAUAAAAAAGAAAAUUGUGUCAAUAAAAUAUUUUUGAGUUUGCAGCUGCCAUCAUCUCAAUUGUUUAAAGAGUAC